AUUAUAAUUAACAAAGCAUUAUGGUGGUGGUAUGCCACGAUAAUUAAUUUCUUAAAAUAAUGACUGUCGCUGUUCAUUGGGAAGCUUUAUUGAACGACGACGUUUUAACAGCUCACAUGAUAACGAUUACUGGUGUUGCAACGCCAACGCCGUCAGUAAUCCUUGUCACCUUUAUCAUUUCUUGCAAAUCUUCUUGCACAUUAUUACCAUAAUAAUGCACCAAUUCGACUGCCGCCCACUGCUGGUUUGCCUGUCCUUGGCUUUGGCGUACUAUGCCCCAAAAGUAAUCGCGGACACUGGUAGAAAUGCAUCGGACUUUGAAACGCUACCGGUUUGCGUCAACCCGUUCUCUGAACCAGAAGCCCCGGCCGACUUGAUCACCGCCCACUGGCAGGCUCGCCGAGCCGACAAUCUGUAUGCUAUGACCGAAUCAGUCAUCGUGGUGACACUUCUCGGUGCCAACGACCAGCCUUUCAAUACGACUAACGUGACGACCACUUACGGCUUAGGAGAUUUCACGCUAAGACUACCUCGAAACAAGGAUUUUAGCAUCCGUUUCGAAACCUCUGGAUACGCAGGCUUUAAAUAUACUCCAAUCAUACUGCGAAACUUCACCCAUAAGCUCACCUUAGGCAGCGAAGUGUUCAUGGAGCCACUGCUGUUUAUUCGAGAGAGUUUGAAGGGGAUUGGCAACGCCGCAGGAACUGUACGCCUGGUCAAUCCUUGCGGUGCUUAUUCCGUUUCAGGAGUUCAAGUCCAGCUGCGAGCUGGACUGAACAACGUCACGGGUCCUGUUGCGGCUGCCACGACCACCACUGCAAAUGGUACUUGGUCAGCGGCGCUCCCGGGAGGUCACUACACGGCGACCGCCGUAUAUACGGCAUCAAAGACUGGUGACAAAUUCACCGGUCCACCGUUCACUGUUCUCGCGGUACCUGGAGGAUGGAAUAACCUGCGGGACUGGGCGCUAACACCACAGUUUGCCAAGGGAGACAUCAGAAUUAUCUUGCGAGGGACCGGAUUGCAGCUACUUCGCGACCAAUUCGGUCCGGUUGACAUGAAACUGGUGGUCUCCGGGCCGCUGCAGAACAGCUCCAGCCAACGUGCCGAGGUGCGCCAAAAUAUCACUAUUAGCGCGGACAAACUCAUGGUCUACGAUUACAUGGACCGGAUCUUCGGUAGCGUCCUGAUCCGCAAGCAACUGUCCGGUGUCUAUCGUAUACAAGUCCAGGAUACCACUGCAAUACAGCCAAAACCGGUUACCUUUAAACCGAAUUCAAAUCUGGACUACGGGCAGGCCAUGGUGGAGAUCUACCGGGGCGAUACAUUGUGGGGGCAGUAUUUUGUACCGCUUACUAGUGGAAAUACUUGGACGGUUGCCGAAAUCGACGGAUCGCGCCUCACUGGGAUCAAUAAAAUGAGCACCGUUAAAUAUUAUUAAUUUUGUGACUAUCGCCCAUCGGUAAAGCUAUAGUGUCAUAUAACGGAAUUUCGUUCUAGGUGUUGCGCGUACGAUUUAAGUUUUGCGCAUUAAAAAUUCCUUUUCUCAAUUUGCUGUUUUCUGAGUAUUUGCAAAAGGAACACCAGGUGCAGACAUUUCCUCGCAGCAGAUAUUAAUGCUAUA